AUUGAAUAAGGGAGAGAGAAUUAGGGGAAGAAGAAAAUCAAAUAAAAAAAGACUCACUCGUGUUGUGUUGGGUCAAUUGUGGGAUCGAGAGAACAUUACUUCUCUUUGAAUUUCGAUCCCAUAACUCUACCGGAAAAAGUAAAAAAAAAAAAAUUCCGGUUGAUCCCAAACACACUGCACAAUAGACAGAACUAAUACAAAAAUAUAACAAAAGAUAAAAGUAAGAAACAACAAAAUGAAUAUAUUCAGGCUUGCAGGAGACAUGACACAUUUAGCUAGUAUCCUUGUUCUUCUUCUCAAGAUUCACACCAUCAAAUCUUGUGCAGGUAUAUCUUCUUUUCUUCUUCUUUUUUCUAUUCAUAUAGUUUGUAUUUUUCGUGUAAUGAAUGUUUCCCCCUUUUUUAUCAGAUUCCAUUAUGAACCAUUGUUCAUCUAUCUUCAUCCCAAAAAAUGUCUUGUAUUUUAUGAUAAUACGUAGAUACAUUGUAUAUUUGUCAUAACUAUAAAAUUUUAUGGAUGUAGGAGUUUCUCUGAAGACUCAGGAGCUUUACUUUCUGGUGUUCGUUACACGUUAUUUGGAUCUAUUUACUCAUUUUAUCUCGUUGUACAAUACAAUCAUGAAAUUAAUAUAUCUAGGAAGCGCUUUCUCCAUCAUUUGGUACAUCAGACACCACAAAUUGGUUCGAAGGUCGUACGACAAGGACCAGGAUACCUUUCCGUGCUAUUUCCUCAUUCUCAUCUCCUUUGCUUUAGCUGUCUUUGUGCACGAGAAGCUUACGUUCAAGGAGGUAAUGUGGACAUUCUCGUUGUACUUGGAAGCUGUUGCAAUACUUCCCCAGCUUGUGUUGCUGCAGAGGACUAGAAAUAUAGAUAACUUAACAGGACAAUAUAUUUUCUUACUAGGGUCAUAUAGAGCAUUGUACAUAUUAAACUGGAUUUAUCGCUACUUAUCUGAACAACGGUCUAUCCAUUGGAUAACAUGGGUAUCAGGAGUAAUUCAGACCCUCCUCUAUGCUGAUUUCUUUUACUAUUACAUUCAGAGCUGGAGGAAAAAUGUAAAGCUAGAGUUGCCAGCUUGAGCUUCAGCUAGCAAAUGAAAACGAGGGUGGAGAUAUGAGUUUUCCAACUAUGUUUCUUAGUGAAUGGUUUUGUAUAUGUAGAUAAGUUUUGUUUUGUAAAUUGUCAUUUCAACUUUGGGGGGUCUAAAAUAAAAGGCUGUAAAUUUUUUUUCACUGUUUUGUAAAUGUAAUUACAAGUCAUGUUCUUCUUUAGGCUUGUUUGCUUUGUGAGAGACGACAAUUGGCAGACCAGAUUUUUUGCUCGGAUGAUGAAAGAAUUCAACCCACCUCGUCGUCGUAUGAUUUAGGGCCUCCUCCAACUACACCUGUCAAGACAAUAGCCUAGAGACAGAAGUUUGGUUGAGGAACAUAGGUCAUCACCCUACCUUGUCCUUGAUUAUGGCCAAAAUUAGGGAGAGGGCAAAAUGUAAAGGUUUUUUCCAAUUCCAAGCAUGACAGUGAUAUAGCUUAUUUUCACAUAUAUAAUUAUCGUAAGCCAUAUUGCUUAUGCAUGCGUAUAAGAGAACGGCAUUUAGCGAUACAAUUUUUCUCAUCGCUGGUCCCAAUUAUGAUAGUAUAUAGAGAGGGUAAAAUGCUAUCUAAUGGCAUCUAGGGAUACCAAUCUCACUCAUUGAUUCGACGACCAUUCCUUCGUUUGUUGAAUGAAAUAAUCCAUAUUUU